ACAGUCAAAUGACAACUAUACCCCUCAAGUCUCCUCUUUUGGCUUCGUGCUAAAGCCGCUGCCUUUCUCUCCCUGAUCAAUCCGCGACAAACAAACCCUUGGAAUCACAAUGACAAUGGUGCCCUCUUCGAAAGCCUUCGUUUUUGCGAGGCAGAUGGCGAAGAAGAUUCGUGUUACGACGCCGUCGAUGUCCGUAACGCGCUUUGUCUCAACAACGGGAGACAACAGCCAGCAACAGCAGCAGAACCCACCAGAGCCUUUACCCAACAGACCCUUGAGAGGGGAGAGAGGUUCCAACUCAGCUAGACCUUCGCAACCGGCCAAACUUUCUGAUCAUGACUUCCUAGAACAGUUCAAGCUCGGAGUCAAACAGGACGAUUCACGGAAGACGGAACAAAAACCCCAGCAGGAAACAAGCCCGGAGCCCUUACCGGCGCCUGAAGAUUCCGAGGAGAUCUUCAAGAACAUGAAGGAAGGAGGUCUCAUUCCUAACGCUGUCGCCAUGCUUGACGGGCUCUGCAAAGAUGGGCUGGUACAGGAAGCCAUGAAGCUUUUCGGGUUGAUGCGUGACAAGGGUACAAUCCCUGAGGUCGUUAUCUACACUGCUGUCGUUGAAGGCUUUUGCAAGGCUCAUAAAAUUGAAGACGCUAAGAGGAUUUUCAGGAAAAUGCAGACCAAUGGGAUUGUCCCAAACGCCUUCAGCUAUGGUGUCUUGGUUCAGGGAUUGUGCAAUUGCAACAUGUUAGACGAUGCUGUUGAUUUCUGUGGUGAGAUGCUUGAGUCUGGUCACUCUCCCAACGUCUCCACUUUCGUUGGAUUGGUUGAUGCCUUGUGCAGAGAAAAGGGCGUCGAACAAGCCCAGUCGGCUAUUGACACCUUAAACCAAAAAGGGUUUGCUGUUAAUUUGAAGGCUGUCAAGGAGUUCAUGGAAAAAAAGGCUUCAUUCCCGUCUUUGGCUUGGGAAGCCAUAUUCAAGAAGAAACCAAUCGACAAACCCUUCUAAUUCUCCUCUCACUUAAGCACUGCUGUAACUGUUUUUAGAUAUGCAAUCUCCAUAAGAUGUUUACUUGACUUUACAAGUACUCUUUUAUUAUGUCAUUAGUUGCACUUCAAUGAGUUUGGUGUUUAUUGAGAAGAUCAAGUUGUGCAUGAUUCCUAAAUAGACUGAAGACACAUAAAGUUUACUUGA